GCUGGGGCCAACUCGCGACAACGCCAGGCUGUCAAAGACGCGUCUUUUGUCAGCUGAACUCUUUAUUGCAGGGGGAGUGAUCUUGUGGUUCUGGUUGCACCGUACGAAGUCGUGGAGCCGUAUAUCCGGCCAUCAAACGGGUUUUAGAUCUUGCGUAAUCAAACGGAUGAUAUUAUUUUCAGCGGGGGCAAAGAGAAUAAUUUUCAAGAUGAUGAUGAAUUGAAGAAAAAAGCGAAGCUGACUCUCCUCCUGUGUAUCAAGUUUAGACAAAUACAUGGCGCCUCUGAUAAAUCUAGAGACUGAGUAUCCAAUCAUAGAUUCCAGUUUCCGGAACUUCUGCGCUUCUCAUGGCAUUUUCUCAGUUGAAGAUUUCCUGAUUCAUGAUCUCUAUAUGUUAGCUGCUUUUGCGGAACAAAGCAUGUCUUCUGAGAGAUUAAAGGAGGGAAUUACACAAGUUCUAUCUAUCAUAGAUGAAAUGCAUCAGCCAUGGUUGAAUGGAAUGGAAUUGUUGGAGGAUGCUAAAAGGAAUAAACACGUCUUACCAACUGGAAUUCAAGGGAUUGAUUUGUUACUUGGUGGUGGGGUUCGUAUUGGCCAAUUAACUGAAUUAGUUGGACCGUCGUCCUCUGGUAAAACACAAGUUUGCCUACAAACAGCAUCAAAUGUUGCAAGUAAUCAUAUGGUGCUGUACUUAGAUACAGGUAACUCGUUUUCACCUGAACGCAUUGCUUACUUCCUUGGAAAGACCAAUGAUCUUGCGUCUGCUCAGGACAAAAAAAGUAUUCUCCAAAAAGUAAUGAGCAACAUAUUGUGUCAUUCUGUGUUCGACAUCUUUGCAAUGUUUGAUGUGCUACAUCAGCUAGAAUCUCAUUUGAGAUAUCAGGAUGGAGGAGGAGGUUGUCAGAUGCGGUUGCUAAUAGUUGAUUCUAUCUCAUUGCUGAUCUCCCCUGUACUUGGAAGCAACAGCACACAAGGGAGAGCUUUGAUGUUAUCUGCUGGAUAUUUGCUGAAAAAGUUGGCGCAUCAGCAUAAUCUUGCAGUACUUGUUAUCAAUCACACAGUGGGCAGUGAGGUAGGGUCUUCCAAACCAGCUCUUGGAGAUUGUUGGAAGAGCAUUCCACAUUCGAGGCUUUUCGUCUCGUGUGACCAUGGGAGCAAUGACUACAAUGUUUCCAUUUUAAAACACCCAUCCAUGGCUUCUGGGAAGGCUGCCAGGUUUUUGAUAUAGGACCAGCCCAUACAGGCCAUGAUCAGAGGGACACCACGUUUUUUUUCCAGGACGGUACUUCCAUUGGGUUCCAAGAAAGGAAUUCCAUUGGCUUGGGUAUACUGAUGGAGCUGAGCCUCCAAAUAUAGAAAAGAAUUGACAGCGUGGGAUGAGAGGAGUUGAAAUUUGUUUGUUUCAGAUGGUGGAAGAGGUUAGAGUGUGUCCUCAUCAGCGAGGACACUUGCUACAUGGAAUAUAUUUCACUUACUGUUUUAUCCACAUAAGGUGUUGGCAUGU